AUGGCAAUGGCUGACGUUGAGGGGACCGCAUUCUCUGCGGAGGAGGAGGAACAGCUGUGGACAGAUAUCGACACGUGCGUAUCGAGCCCAUGCGACGACCACGAAUCCAUCGACGACGCCCUGCGAACGUGGCUAGAACUAGCAGCGCAGCUCCGCAAUCGGCUCCGCGAAAGCCAGGAGGACUCAAUAAUCUGCGCGCAGAUGCUAAUCAACAGUCCGCUCUUCCAGCAUAACAAGGAUUACGUCCGCACCCAGCUCAUCCACAGCCUUCUCCAAGAAGACGAUGCCGCGCCUUUGCAUGCCAUAACGUCGCUGCUGCUUCUCGACGGCCACUAUGACGAGGCCAUUUUUCCACGCAUGAUUGCGGAGGCUUGUUUCCCGCGGCUGGUAGAGCUGAUCGCGGCGAGGCGAAAUGACGAAGAUGCGCGCCUGCAUCGGUUUUUGCUGCAGCUUAUGUACGAGAUGUCGCGUGUGGAGAGGCUUCGGCCAGAACAGCUGGUCUUGGUUGAUGACGACUUCAUACACAGCCUCUUUCGUAUCAUUGAAGGAGUGUCUGAUGAUGUAUAUGAUCCGUAUCAUUACCCUACCAUUCGAGUCCUGCUUGUGAUGAAUGAGCAGUAUAUGCUUGCGUCUACAGAGCCUGUUGAAGGUCCAGAAGGGGCGCCGGUGCCGUUGACCAACCGAAUUGUGAAAUGCCUGGGCCUGCACGGCCCGUCAUUUCGAACAUUUGGGGAGAAUAUCAUCUUGUUGCUGAAUCGAGAAACCGAAACAUCCCUCCAGCUGCUCAUCCUGAAGCUGUUAUACCUGCUCUUCACAACCAAAGCAACUUACGAAUACUUCUACACAAACGAUUUGCGAGUUCUAUUGGAUGUAAUUAUACGAAACCUUAUGGACCUACCGGAUGAGAGAAUAUCUCUCCGACACACGUAUCUGAGAGUAUUAUACCCGCUCUUGGCACAUACACAGCUUAGUCACCCGCCUCACUACAAACAGGAAGAGAUACUCAAGGUGUUGAGAAUUCUUCGCGGGUCUCUCAAUGCGCAUUUUGCGCCAGCCGAUGACACCACGGUCCGGCUGGUGAACCGCGUGGCCAAAGUCCCGUGGCUCGAGGCAGGCCAUAAAGAUGGCGUCUCCGAGGUGGCUCGCAAGUUCCUAGGCAUCAGCCUUUCUCCGACUCAGUACGCAAGCAGUAUUAGUGUUGGCGAUGUCGCUGGCGUCAUGGAGAAGCCGGGCGUGCAGACGCCGAGUCGCAACGCCGGCAACGGAGAGCGGGCGCAGGAGGAACCCGGCGCGCCGGAAGACGAAGAGAGCCAAACGGGAAGGGCCAAGAAGCCCCUGCCGGCGGUCCCCAGGCACCGACACGGUGUUCCUUUCAUCGACGUGGCGAACAGACCGCCCACCAACGGCGAGGCGAAAAAGGUACCGCCCAAGGCACCGCCGCCGCGUCGACGGGGCAAGAUGAAGGUGACCGAAUCGCCACCGAUAGAGACCAGUACGGAAAUGCCACCAGAGUGUUGA